AUGCGGAUACGUAUACCAUUAACUUUGAGCAAACCUCGAAACUUAAAGAUUGUUAUUACCACAUUAGCGCUAUGCACACUCUUACUUAUAGGGUAUAACUAUACACAUCUUUUACUACCGUUGAGAUUUAAUGGCGGUGAAACGUCCGUAAAAGGGAUUCAGUCACCGUUACCACAGGAUGCACCUACAACGAAACUCUAUAACGACCAAAGAAAGGGAAACGACGUACUAUUGACACUAGUCAGGAAUUCAGAAAUAAAUCAGCUUGUGGGGACUAUUGAAAGCUUUGAGGAGAGUUUUAACUCUAAAUAUCACUAUGAUUGGUGGUUUAUGAAUGAUGAAGAUUUUACACAAGAGUUUCAAGAGAGGGUAAAAGAAGUAGUGUCAGGUAGAACAAGGUUUAUUAAGAUACCAAAAGAAUUAUGGUCAUAUCCUGACUACAUCGACCGAGAGAAAGCUGAUGCUUCGAGACAAGCUUACAAGAAAGCGAGAAUCAUGUACGGCGAGAGUGAAUCCUACAGAUUCAUGUGUAGGUUCAAUUCUGGAAUGUUUUACAGAUUACCAGAAUUGAAAGACAUUGAAUACUACUGGAGAAUUGAACCAAGUACCAGGUUUAAUUGUGAAAUUACCUACGAUGUUUUCCAGUAUAUGAGAAACCAUAACAAGCUCUAUGCAUUUAACAUGGCAUUACAGGAGGAUGUCAGAACGAUCCCUACUUUAUGGAAUUCAACGAUGGAAUUCUUAAGGGAGAACCCUCAAGCUGUCGACAAAGACAACUUGGCUGGUUUUGUCUCUGAUGACGGUGGUAACUCCUACAAUUUAUGCCACUUCUGGUCCAAUUUUGAAAUUGCAAACAUGCAAUUUUUCAGAAGUCCAGUCUAUGAAAGUUAUUUUGAAUUUUUAGAUCGUAAAGGGGGGUUUUUCUACGAAAGAUGGGGCGAUGCUCCUGUUCAUACUUUAGCGGUCUCACUAAUGCUGCCUGCCGAUCAAAUUCAUUUUGUUGCCAAUACUGGUUACUUCCAUAAGCCAAACCAAGACUGUCCUCCCAAUGAAGAGUUACGAGAUGCCCUACACUGUCAAUGCAGUCCACGUUCUGAUUUCACUUGGCACAAGUACAGUUGCGUCCACAAGUUUUUCCACCUACAGAAAAUGGUUAGGCCUGAUACCUUAGAACAUAUUUCAAUGAUUUAUCCAACCAUCUACGAUACUAUUAUGAAUGCUAAGGAUUGA